UUUAUUGGAAAUUUGCGCCUAAUUUCUAAUCGAAAAAUAAUGAAAGGAAAGCGGUUAAUGAAAACUAUCGGAUUUGAUGAAGCAGAAUCCAAAGAAGAGGGAUCCACUUCAAAUGGCUUGCAAACAAGUUCAGGUGAAGUUCAUGGAAAUCGUUCACCUUUUUAUCUUCCCGAUGCUAAUUACUUGCAUUGCCUCGCCAACUCAUUUUUUUUUAGGCGUAAGCGUCGUUUACAUACAUAUGAACGCGUUCAUUUAGCAUAUAAAAAAAUUCAAAGAGAAAAAGAAAUUGAAAAGGAACGAAAAAGAAUACAACGAGAAAAUCGGCAAAAAGCUAUGGCGAAUUACAAAAAUAUGAAAAGGAAAAUGGAUCGUGCAGUUAUGAAAAAAAAUAAAAAAGGUCAACCAAAUUUAAAUGCUCAAAUUGAAGUUUUACUUGAAAAAAUUGAAAAACGCUUGUCAAAAUAA